UUUAAAUUAACAGGUUAAGGCGAGAAAAUGUUCCUUAUAUGAAAUAAAAGCUGUAAUUUGCUUUUUUUUUCGAUAGAUUCUUUGAAGAAAUUUAAAUUUCACAGUACAAAACUGCUGGAAUGGAUCUUUUAAUAACGGCAGAUCCUCAUUUUAUCCCAGGAUAUUCCGGUUACUGCCCGCAGUAUCGAUUUAAUUGCGGUGAAACGUAUGCAAAAACCACGCAUAAACUACUGCUCGAUCCUACAAUUAAUCAUGCGAAAACACUCGUCCUAGCAAAUCGUGCAGUUACCGAUUGUGAGCGACCAUCGAAGAGUGACAUAAAUGUGGUCAAUACCCGAUUCAAGAGGACUGAUUCUCUCUUUGUUCACCCCAUGUUGCCAGGAUACGAGGGUUUUGUACCAGGAUCGAACAUUACACUCGGCCAGAGAUACGCGGUGCACACGACCGAAGGUCUCGCCGAUUUCGAACGACAACAAUUGCGAAAUAAAGCGGCUUUAGACCGACUGAGGAGAACGAUCAACGUGCAAUGCGGGCGAGCCGAACCCCGGAAUUUAGAAGAACGUCUGCUAAUUAAGACCUCAUUUAAAUUACCUUUGUUCACUGUGCGACCUGAAUAUGUAGCAACGAUGAAUAAUUUAUCAUCCAACAAGCAAUCAAAUAAAAUGAAAUUUUCAAAUAAACAAACAUGGUAUUCCUUCAUCCGCGAAAACGCAAAAAGAUACGCGACUCAUAUUCCUCACGGCUACUUCGAAACAUCGAUAAUUCCGUUACAUGACGAUGCAUUGUACAGUUUCGUAAAGUGUCGAAAAGGACAGAGUGCAAAAUAUAAAAUAAUGACUACAACUUAUCAGGAACCUCCGUCCCUUGUCCAGUCCACUGAAAUCUACCAUAAAAACGUCGGAAUGAUACCAAAUUAUUUUGGGCAUAUUCCUGGAGCAAUGUUCAGAUGCGGUAAAACGUUCGGAGUUGACUCAAAAGAUGUUAAGAAAUGGUUUCGAAGAGACUCCGACCUAUAAUUUAACUUUAUAACAAUGCUUAUUUAAAUCGAUUACUAGAUCAAUUCUGAUAAAAAUUAAGAAACACUUCUAAAUAAUUAAAA